GGAGGUGUUUGAGCAAGCGGGAGCGGCGGCGCAACACCGGCAACAGCACCGCGAUCCCCCGACGUCGUCCACGAUUCUUGCGACGGCUGUUCGCCCGUCCGUCGUUCCCUCCUCGACGACUGACUUUCAUCGUCUGCUUUCGGCCGCUGCCCGUCGGCUUCGCUGGCGGUUUGGCCAAGCUCGUACGGCACCGCGUGUCGCCGUCACCCCUUCCCCGGAAAGUGUCCCCCGUCGCACGACGAACCUGGCGACGCGGCAGACGGCGCGUGCGAUCCUGCAGCGUGGGGCGGAUCAACACCGUCCGGCGUCGGAGUGGAAUUCCGUUGGCACGGCGCCGGCCGAUUGUUCCGGAUUCGGCGAUGAGAACACACCCGCGUGGUCCGACGGCACCGCGCUGGCCCUAUCCAGUCCUUGGACUCUCUGAACGAGCAGAUCGUCCGUUACGUGCUGGGCUCGGAAGACAGCGGACACAGGCAGCCGCCGCAGCCACCGCCGCCCAGGCCCCAGCUCGCGCCUCCCCUAGAGCCGCCGCCGCGUGGCCCUGGGAGCAAGGAGUGGGGCCACGAGGUGUUGUGUGGGGCCCCGGCUGGGGGCUGGGGUCGCCAUGAGCAGGAGGCGCUGCAGUCCUCCAUGGCGCUCAUGCGCAAGCUGCUCGUCGACGCCCAGGCAAAGUUCCGCAACAUGAUGGAGGACAACAAGGCACUCGCCUCGCGCAUCGACGGGGACCUGCACCAGGCCCACCAGGAGGUCUCCCAACUGCGUGCCGAGCUCCAGGACACCAACAGCCGGAUCGCCAACAUGGCCUCUGUGGUGCAGGCACCGCCGUCCUCCCAGGGCUCGGCCAGCUGCUCGGUCAUUUCCUCGUAUGCGCAGGGCUCGCCCACACACAGGGGAGGCGGCAGUCCCCCCAGGCACUGCCCGCGCUGCCGAGAGUGCCUGUCGGAGACGGCCAAGGAGUCCCGGCCGGCGGCCAGCGUGCAGACGGACAUGGUGGCCGGCCCGGCAGAGAGCAGCGGCUGCCCUUCGCUGGACGAGCGACUGGGCCGGCUCCUGGAGGACAAGGAGCAGCUGGCCCAGCACAACCUCAACCUGCAGAAGGAGCUGGAUGAGCUCAGGGGCCCACACCAGAAGGCGCUGGUGCUCGUGCAAGAGGACCGCGACAGGGCGCACGACGAGCUCGCCAACGCCAAGGAAGCCCUCGCGGCCCUGAAGCAGGACCGCAAGCGGCUGAAAGCAGAGAAGUUUGACCUGCUGAACCAGAUGAAGCAGCUGUACGGUACCCUGGAGGACAAGGAGCAGGAGCUCAGGGACUUCAUCCGAAACUACGAGCAGCGCAUGCAUGACAGUGACCAGAGCCUCAAGCAGUUGGCCCAGGAGCGCGAGGAGUGUGACCGCGAACGCUGGAAUCUUCUGAAGCACGCCCGUGACGAAUCUGAGCGCUGCGUGGCCCUCAGGGCGCAGCUGGGGCUCAAGGAGGCCCUCAUCAAGCAACUGCAUGAACAGCUGCAACAGGCUCAAGAAAGACUGAGCUACAUGUCGGAUGCCGAGAGCUUGCGUGGAGUGUCCAAUGGCUUCCAGAGCUCCGCCUCUCGGCGGAGCUGCCGCAGUCCCGCACAUAGCGGACUCAACCCUCCCGUUGCGGCGGUGGGCUAUGACUCCAGUCCAAAGCAUCAUGCGUCUGGCUGCCUGCUAGACAGCCCCAAGAAGUCCCCCGUGUCGGUGUGCAGCGCGGCGGCACUGCCCGGCCUCUCCCGGUCGGCCGAGGAGAUCUACCAGAGCAGCGGGUCCUCGGACACGAGCGCGGCGGGAGUCCUGCGCGGGGUCCCAGGCAAGCCCAAGAAGAGGAGGGACGGCCGCAGCCCCUGGGGCUCCAUCUCCAGGGUCUUCCUCAGGAACAGGCAGAGGAAGGGGCUCGAGCCGGGGCUGUACCACCCGGGAAAUGCGUCUGGCACUCCGGACAGUUCUCCCCAGCACUCGGUUCAGGCCCAGCUGCACCAGCAGCGUCAGCGCAGCUCCUGGUCCCCCCAGGGGUCGGGACCCCCGUCAGGCUCUGGCCUGGAGCCGGCCGAGUGCGUGGCCCAGCAGCGCCUGCUGGAGGAGGCCCAAGGCACGCCCAUGGAGCGCUGGAGGGCCCCCACCGUGCUUGCCUGGCUCGAGCUGGCCCUGGCCAUGCCCAUGUACGGCCCCAUGUGCGCCGAGAACAUCAAGAGCGGAAAGAUCCUUCUUGAGUUGUCGGACACGGAGCUGGAGUCCUGCCUGGGCAUCACCAACGUGAUGCACCGCAGGAAGCUGCGCCUUGCCAUCGAGGAGCACCGGGAGCCCUCCAUCUGCCCGUACCCCAAGAUGUGCCUGGUGACGCACACCUGGGUGUGCGGGGAGUGGCUGAGCAGCCUGGGGCUGCCCUCGUACGGGGAGGCCUUCCGGGAGCAGCUGGUGGAUGGGAGGGUGCUGGACACCCUGAGCCGCAGGGACCUGGAGAAGCGACUGGGCGUGGCCAGCCGCCAGCACCAGGCCUCCCUUCUGCGAGGCGUGCAGCUGCUGCGCACCCUGCGCUUCGACCUCAGGGCCCUGGCACACCGCAGGGCGCUCUGCCGACACCUGGACGUCGACCCCGUCGUCUGGACCAACCAGCGCUUCGUGCAGUGGGCACGCUCCAUCGACCUCGGGGAGUAUGCGGAGAACCUGCGCGAGAGCGGCGUGCACGGGGCCCUGGUGGUAUUGGAGCCGUCGUUCUCGGCAGAGACCAUGGCCCAGGCGCUGGGCAUCCCCUCCUCCAAGAACAUCAUCCGGCGGCACCUCACCACUGAGCUGGAAAACCUGGUGCAGCCUGCUAGGAUGUCCCUGGAGGCGGAGGCGGUGGUGGAGAGCAAGGGCGGCAGUGAGCGACGCCUGGCCUCAGCCACGGGCUCCCUCGGACGCAGCUUCACUCGGUCCAGCAGGGCUCGCUCCUCAGACCGGCAGACGGACAAGCGCAGGUCGAGCAUUCGGGACUCCAUCGGACGGGCGUUUGGCCUGUCGGGCUCUUCCCCGAGACCCGGUAGCCGGAGCAGCGGCUCCAGUCCUCUGCUCCGGGCCUCCACCCUGGACUCCCGGCCUCCCUCCGUUCCCCGCGCGAGACGUCCCGGCACCCCCCAGCCCCCCUCCAGGGCGCCGCCUCGGCAGCUUCAGAGGGGAUUCUCGUACGGGACCGUCGAAAUCCUCACUGUGUCCCCGGUUUAGCGGCCUCCUCUCAAAAGCGCUCCACCGGACCCUCCCGCCGCUCGGACCCCGAGAAGCGAACCACUCGUGUGGUGGCUCGCGGACAUCCGGAGGAAUCGGAGUGCAUCGUCAAGACGGAAGAUGGAGGAAAGCGAGUUUCUCCUCCGUUCGGUGCUCUGCUGUGGUUUUACAAUUUGCAGCAAAGUUGCCGUGGCGUUGCGAGUUCGGCUUUGUGCGCGGUGCAUCGAACUCGUCUCAAGAUUGUGUUCUUUCUUAUUAUAUUUUAUAAGCUCAGGUUUUAGGGACAGCUUGCGCAUUCACAUUUCUGCAAGUCUGGAGGGUGGGACCGCGUCCAAAGACUGAAGUCGGAAAGACCGUGGUGGCGCUGUUUGUCUACGGGCAACAAUUCAUACUUGCGGCAUUUCACCGGCGUUGUACGACGCUAGCAUAACCUCAACUUUGUAUUUUUUUAUUUUAGCCGGCGACCCCGCUGCAUCCCCGCGCGUUGCAGUGCCGGACUCCUCGGAAUACCUGUGAUCUUUUUUUUACCCGACGCCUGGAAGAGUUUGUGGAAGCGGUUGUGAAAGUAGAACGAGGAGAAGCCGUCAAGUGCGACAAGCGCACAAAUUUUUCUUCGGCUUGCGAUACCUCAUGGAGGGGGACCCCGACGCGUUCCCCACGUUCGUCGGAUUCCUUUUCCCCGUCACUUCCAGGCAUCGGCCUCCUUCCUUUUGGGCUGGUCUGCAUUCCCUGCCUACCGCGUCGAACGUCACGAUGACUUCAAGUUUGAUGUCUACGACAUUUGAAGCACACGGGAGAAGUUCAAGGUGCGGGUUUGGUCUUGCUCAAAGUUGAUAAGUGCAAAAAAGGACAGGCGGGAACGUGGUCAGUGCCCCACAUCCUGGGUUAGACGGGCACCUGUCACGCCCAACGGCAUGUCAGGGCACCCCGCAGUUGGUUGCAGCCUCUAAAGUAACGCCGUUCCUCGUGUCUUUGCGAAAGGGAACAGAUUUUAUGCACACUUUUUUUUAUUUCGCGAGCGAUGUCUCGUGCGUUUGCAGGAACGACUUUAGUGGGAUAGUCCCUUUUUUUUAGGUUUAUGCGAGGGUUUGUUUGAUACUGCAGCUAGACCGAUAAAUACAUACUUCUACACUUGUUCCGCAACACUCAAAGUCACAGACAUAUCCUUACGGUAGCUCGAGCAUGCCUACACAGCUUUGGAGAGGUCUGGCAGCGUGCCACGGCCGUCGGUGUUGUUGCGUUUAAUCACCGACACUUGCGUACUUGCGAGUCAACCGUUGAGCGAAUAUGUUACGAAUGUUGAACUAAAUGUAGUUAUUUGCAAUAUAUAUGUUAUAUUUAUGCAUAAUGAAUAUCCUAAAGGACACUAAGAUGGCUGUUAUAAGCUGCUGCAAGUGUUGCAGAAGCAUACUGUUACGACAUGGAUGCAUUUAAAUGUACAGAGUGAGAACUGUUGUAAGCUUAUAGUAAUGUAGUACUAUGUAUUGUGCCAAAAUGAAAAGAGAUGCUUCCGUGAAAUUCUUAAAAGGGGCAAUCAGUUAUGUAAGAAAAUAGAGUGUUGCAAAACUUGUUGAGUUUGUUCUUACACCUCUACGAGUCGAGUUCCUCGUUAAUGAGCAGAGCAUACUGUUUCUUAAUGUUAGCCGACAUGUAAUGCAAGAUGACCACUUCACUACUGAAAUAGAAAUGUUUUAUUUAGUAGAAAACAUGCAUACAAUUUGACAUAGGAAAGUUCUCUGGAAAUGUGCAAGUUUGUUAUGAUCAUACAUAUCCGUGAGGCACAUUUUAGUGGUAAUUUGAGAAGGAAACUCUAUUCUUUUUCAAUCAUGCAGCUGGGUUUACUGGGGACCCUAACGACAUAGGCUUCAUCAAUAGACAUACACUGGCAUUUGUUAUCUCGAUUUUAAGAAUUUAUGGAUGGGACUUCAUUCCUGUAGGAUUUCUACAUGGCAAAGGGUUAAGAGAGAUCUUGGGUACAGAUAUGUCAUUUGCAUGACCAAUAGAUUCUAUCACAUUUUUCUUUCUUGUGCAUGUCUAAUGAAGACCGAGGUUGGUCUUUUUUGGAACCUCGUGUGCUGCCAUUGUCGUGAGAGAAAAGAAUUUGCGUUUCUUUGUUUUCCUGGAGGGAGAAAUUGGUCACGUUCACUACGUUACAAGUCAGCGAAGUUCUGUUUUUCAUCAAUAAUGCAACAUCUGGGUAGAUAUUGACAUGGUUUGUCAUUUAUGCGUGCAUUGUGGUGUGUUGCCUAUGGAACUGUGUUCAGGGCUGGUCCAAAGGAAUCAUUGGAUGGGGCACGACACAUUUUAUUGAGAAAUUUUGUUAAAUGACUUCGGGUUAAUCUAGUGAGACAGGAAUAGAUACAAAGUGUUAUGGUCUCAGAAUUCUCAUUAUAGAGCUAUUUAAGUAAAAGCAUCGCCAGCAAAGUUGGUUUAUGUGCUGUAGAUAUACAUAUAGGUCACAAAGUGAUUGCAGAAAUUUUAUUUGGGAGCAAUGUGCUACAACUUGGAUUGUUUCAGGGUAGCAUUUUAUGACCUAAAAACAAAAUUGUCUGCAUCGUUGACAUUCCAUAGUGUCAGCUACACAGUUUAUAAGCAGAAUAUAUUAUGUAUGCCACUCUAAUUAUUUGCAGACUCCUUUUAGCUGCUCGUGUAUGAAUUCGGUGAAUGUGGGCCACAAACAUAUCAAAUGGAGCACAAGCAAGGACUGGUAUGUGUGUGUGUGUAUUUCCGGUUUAUGUGAGUUGAAAUGUGCCCUUACGUUCGGUGCUAUGCAUACAGAGAAGGAAAUGUACUGUUGUCUGUUCAUGUGUCACCAUGCACACAUGCAGUAAAAAAAAAAAUACAAAGAAGUUGUG